CUCUCAGCAGCAUCCUCCUCCUCUGUCAGGCACGCGCACACGCGUACAGCAGCCCAGCAUUAUACAGAAUCGCUUACAACCUCCACGCACCCUCAUACACUUACACGACAACAACCCACAGCUGCACUGAUCCUCAUCCUUUCCUCCACCGGACAUUGAUGCAUUUGCCUCAGCGCUCUCCGUAGCGAUCACCUUCCUUCCCUCCUGCAUCCAAAGACAGAUCCACGCGACAAGAUGGCUGAGCUGAAUUUGGGGAAGGGGCUGACGGCUGGGAAAGUGGCCAGCAACGUUCAGAAGAAGCUAACCAGGGCUCAGGAAAAGGUUCUACAGAAGCUCGGAAAAGCAGACGAGACCAAAGAUGCCGCCUUUGAGGAGUGGGUUAUCAACUUCAACAAACAAUAUGCUGAAGGCUCCAAACUCCAGAGAGACCUGAGGGCAUAUCUGGAGGCAGUUAAAGCCAUGCACGAGUCCUCUAAGAAUCUGCAGGCAUGUCUGGGAGACAUGUACGAUCAAGACUGGCAUGGCAAAAACGAAGUGGACUCUGUUUUGGAGGACUGUGACGUGCUUUGGACUGAUUAUCACCAGAAGUUGGUGGAUCAUGCUCUGAUCUCCAUGGAUACCUACCUGGGACAGUUCCCUGAUAUCAAGGCUCGUAUUGCUAAGAGGGACAGGAAGCUGGUGGAUUAUGACAGUGCCAGGCAUAACUAUGCUGCUACACACAAGACCAAGAAAAAAGACGGGGGCAUUAAAAUUACCAAGCCUUCCACUUUGUUGGAACGAGCCACUCCAGGGUGGGCUCAGGGGAUCUUGUCUGCACACAAUCUAGCCCAGACCAGUCUAUCCAAGAGCCAGGCUGAGGAGGAAUUAGAAAGAGCCCAGAAGGUGUUUGAAGAGAUUAAUCUUGACUUGCAAGAGGAGUUACCUUCUCUCUGGAACAGUCGAGUUGGAUUCUACGUCAGCACCUUCCAGAGUUUGGCGGGUUUCGAGGAGAAGUUUCACAAGGAAAUUAGUCGGUUGGAUCAGGAUUUGUAUGACGUCCUUGUGAACCUGGAGAAGUCAGACCCAAACAGAAAGACAGAUGGGCAGGACGACUCAUCAUCAGGAGCGAACAGGAGCAGCAAAGAUGCUUCUAACCACUCUCUCAGACCAGGAGGACCACCUCCGAUCCCCAAAUCUCCAUCGAAGUUAAGACCAGCAGUGCCUCCUCCGCCUAAGGUGACCCCGUCUAAGGAGUUAAAAACAGAGAACAUCAUCAACCUGUUUGACGCUGCAGCAGCUCCUGACAUCAGCGUCACCUCCCCCACAGAGUUUGACAGUCCUGCAGCAAGCAGCCUGCUGGACAUGGACCUGGACCCUUUCAGUACAGCAACCAAAGUCCCUGCAGUCACUCAGGCUGCAAACUGGGACUCUUGGCAUGAGGACAGUGGUGCCAGGGAAGAAACCCCCCAGAGGCACUAUGAUCCUGUUGCGGCUGCAGCAGAAGCCUGGGGGGACGAUGGUACUCAGCCUAUCCGCUACGACCCCAUAGCGGCUGCUACAGAGAGCUGGGGGGAUGGUGGAACCCCACCAGCUCACUACGACUCUGUAACUGCAGACCAGGAGGAGUGGGGGGAUGAUGGGAGCCACCUGGCUCAUCAUGAGCCAGAUGCUGAACCCCAAGAGGGCUGUGAUGAUGAUACAGAGCAUGCAGGCCAAGAGGAGCCUCCUGCUGAUGAAACACCUGAUGAUGAGGCUCCAGCUGAUUCAACUGAGGAGGAAACCACCACCCCAACUGCUUCUGAGUCGGAUAAUAAAGAGGGUCAGGGAGAUUCUCCAUCAGCUGCAGAACCACCACCACCAGCAGCAGCAGCAGAAGAAGAAGAAGAGGAAGCAGCAGCAGCAGUGACAGAGGAGACACCUGAACCUGCACCUGCAGCAGAAGCACCAGCAGCAGCAGAAGCAGAAGCAGAAGCAGCAGCAGAAGAAGAAACAAAAACUGAUGAAAUGCCUCCCAGCUUUUUGUUUAAAGUCCAAGUGAUGCAUGACUAUGCCGCCAACGACACGGAUGAACUGGAAAUGAAGGCCGGCGACGUGGUGCUUGUGAUCACCUUUGAGAACCCUGAUGAACAGGAUGACGGCUGGCUGAUGGGAAUCCAGCAGAACGACUGGCAGCAAAACAAAGAGAACGCCACUAAAGGAGUAUUUCCUGAAAACUUCACUCAGAGGCUGUGAAAGAGAAGAAAAUCUUCCUUUUCUUUUGUUUUUCUCUCUCUCGCCUGUAUCACCUCCCCCUUCCUCUACCCCGAUGCUGUAUCUUUACGAGGACUUUGGCCAUAUAAGCAGAGCUGUCACAGCCCUGAGUGAAAUCAUGCAUUUCUGAGGUCUGCCACACUGUGGAUCUUGACAUUUUUUAUGUGUUGUCUUCUAACAUUUCUUAAUGACAGAUGUAGCCAUUUCACAGGUGUGUUGCUUCAUAGUUGAUUCGUUGACGGCUCUGGUCAUGAAGAGUAUGACGUGCAGAGAGUUUACCUAUGCAAUGGCUACAGCUCAAAUCACCCUCUGCUGGUCUCUUUGUCAGGCUUCAUCAUCAACAAUGAGAUUUGUUGAACUAUUUUUGUUGAAGAGCAGCAUAAAAAAAACUUAAAUUGAUGCUAACGUCUUCACACACAGACAGUCGCAGUAGAAUAACAAAAAAGUACAUUUUCUUUCAAUGACGCCAGAUUUUUUUUAUUGUUUCAGGAUUCAAAAUGCUUGUGCAUUUUGAUGUAGGCUUUGCUAAACAGUUAACAGCUUGGCGUAUGUGGUGCAUUUCAUGACCUUGUAGGGACCAACUAACUUUCUAUCAAGUCCUGAAACAUAAAAUCAAUUAAGUGAAAUAAAGUGCACUGAUUGUUUUUAACCUUAAGAGUAAAACUAUUAAGCAAAAACAUUCAUUCAGCUGAGUAAAGCACUGAAAAUGUACAACCAUGCCCUCAUCUGCAACCUCAUAUUGAAAUAGCAAAAAAAAAAAAAAGCAUUCUUUUACUAAACUAAAAAUAUGCACUCCAGCUUUUUGUCUGAUUAGUGCUGGAGUUUGUAGAUUAGUGACCCCACACCUCACACACUGCCUUCAGGACACAUGAGCCCACCCGUCACUCCUCCUCCAACAGUUUACUCGUGAGAAAUGGGUCUUUGGUUGUUGUUUUAGUGUCAAUUCUGUAGUGGCACACGUCGUAUGAUCCUCGAAAGGGCAGUUAACUGGGCGACUAAAUCAAAAUCCGUCAAGAGUAUAAAAAAGCAACGACAAAUAUUAGAAGAUAUUUACUGAGUUGUUUCUAUGUUAGUCCCUGAGUAGUUUGGAGUUGUGUUGGAUUGUCGUUUCUCCCUCAGGCUCGCUGUAAAGCUAGCCAGCAUCACCGGGAAGCUGCUGCUGCUGUUGUGUAAUAACUAACACCCUAACAAUAAUCAAAUACAUAACAACUGAGCCAGCCGCGUUCAUAUUAAACAAAAUGUGCCGAAAACAGUUGGACUCAAAUGUUUAACAAUAUGCAUCAGAGCAACUACUUUUAUUUUUGUAUGCUGCCGAGCAAUGAUUACAGCCUAAUGUAACCAUGCCGACAUAAUUGCCAACCGAGGAUGUUAUGGAGUAUUUUGUACCUCUGUAAGGUUUAUUGCUCUCAGUGUAGUUGCAAAUAUUAACCCGGUUGUUCAUUCAGACGUGAACUCUGAAGAAGUUCACGACGCUCCUUAUGUUAUUAAUGUUUAAUAAGCGUGAGAGAAACUCUGUGUGUGUGUGUGUGUGUGUGUGUGUGUGUGGUUUUAUGAGUUGUUUGAGGAAACACAAAUCUUUAUCUGUGGGCUGUCGUUGCUGGAUGGUGCCGCCGCCGGUUGGGAGUAGUGGGCGCGGUGGUCUGAAUAACUUGAACAUACAGAGAUAUUUAUUUCCACUGGCUGGUAUUAUGGUUGCAGGUGUUAUAGUGUAUUUGUUGUGUAUACGUGUAAUUUUUCCAAGCUGUGAUGACAGAUACAUAUUCUAUACGACAUCCAUAUCUGUAUGUGAGUUUCUGUGAGCAUGCUGACUUUCCCGCGUGUCGUCGUGUGGACAGCCUGAGAUUUCAGACGGUGAUACUUGGUUCAGAUUUGAGGCAGUUGCAAAAAAAGAAGUGUUUAUUUUUUAUUACUUUUUUAACGCUACUUUUGGUAAGAGGGAAGGUAUGGGCAUUGUGUUAUUUAUUUAAAUAUUUUUUUUUUCUAAAUUUAUCUUUAUUAUAAUUAUUGGUUUUCCAUCUGCCGUGCCUCUAAAUGUUGCUAGGUAUCGUGGUCCGAGCAGAGUUGUUUAAAGGGAGGCAGGACUCAUAGAGAUUAUAUUAAUGCAACCAGACUCAGGUGCACUGAAUUUUUUUAAUGGUUUUCAGUGUUUUAGCCACUGUGGGUAUGCAUUUAUUUGUUUAUUUAUGCUUAAAAGGGAAGAUAAGGAGAAUGAACCCCUGCACAUUUUGUUAAGUCAAUCAUUAACAUAUUUUAUUUUCAGGUUUUGUGUAUAUAUCGGAGUGUUUUACCUGUGUCUGGUUCAUAUAUAUCCUGCUUUAUGGAUCAGUCUCCUAAUGGUGAGAUAUGAGAUAAGACAAACCCCCAACAAUAAUAAAGAUUAAAGAGAACCAACUUUU